AUGAAGGACAUCCAGUUGGACUACAUCCAACCAUCGAACAUUUUUCAUUUGGCUAUCAAGAACCAUGAGCCUGUGUGGAAGCUGGAGAGCCUGAGAGCUCAAGUCUAUUUUGACUGGGAAGUUGACCCUGAAGACCGGAGAUACUCACCCUCCAGUGGCCUUUUCUAUGCUGUGAUUCACAACAAUAUCCAGUAUGCUCGAUACCUUUUGUCGCACUUCCCUAAGGAUUCCAUCAAAGUUCCAGGAUUUAAACGUGACCAGUGUCCACGUUAUGCAUUUCAUCUGGGUUUGGCCAUCACCUACAACCGCCAGAAAAUCCUAUCCAUGAUUAUUGAGACGUGUCAAAAAGAUCCUGUUCUCCAAUCCUACAUAAACUUAGAGAUUUUCUUCUAUCCGAUGGAAGGGAAGACUCCUCUUCAUCUGGCCUGUGAACUUCUCAGAUCAGAUCUUGUCUUAACUUUGCUAUGCCACGGUGCUGCAUCCAGAGCUGAUGACCUGGGACGGACGCCGAUGGAUGUCAUAUUGACCCAUCUUUGGAGCUCAAAGGACAACAUGAACCCGAAGAUCCAGUGUUUAGAUUACCUCCUGCUCUUCACACUGCCCGGAAGAUUACAAAUGAGCAGAACUUUGCAGGAGAAUAGGGAAUACUGGCGGACGUUACUGGGAGAUGACAUUUACGAUUUCUUGUUGGGGAUAAGGCUAGCUCCUUUAGGUUUGAUGUCCAUGAAGAAGGUUCUUCAGCAAUUACCGCCAUCAGAAUUUCAGAUAUCUAUUCAACAACUUCCCAUCCCUCAAAGCAUGAAGAACAGGUUCACCCUUGGAUAUUAG